AUGAUAGUGUAUCAGGAUUUGAAGCCGAAGUAUCACACACAGAUGCAGAAUCAUCAUUCGCAGUACGGCCAUGGUCAGGGCCAUGGUCAGGGCCAACAGGUACUGCUGCUUGCAGCAGCAGCAGCUGAUGCUACGGAAAGUGCUACUGCCGCAGGAACCCCCAGCGGUUCUGGUGGCUCUGCUAAUGGUAGUGGCAGUACUAGCACCAUCCAGCUAUCGAGGAAAUGGGUGCUUCCACCAAAGGUGAAGUCUAGUCGGAAACUUAGUACCACCACCAUUACUACUGCUACUACUGCUACCGCUUCCAACGCUAGCAAUACGUCGCCCUCGUCACCCAACAGUCCUUCCAAUAAAGGCUUGUCUCCGAGAGAUGGUUCCAUGGAUGAUUCGAAUCAGUAUUUUACGUCUAGGUCUUCUAACUACGCAGAGAAACGCAGGAAACAGAAUAGAGAAGCUCAGAGGGCUUAUAGGGAACGUAAGGCUAACAAGUUGCAUGAGCUGCAGCAUACGAUAGAUAUGUGGAGAGAUAAAUGCGAGGCCAUGCAGCAGGACGUCAACAUGUGGAAAUCGAGGUACGAUUCCUUGGCUUUAGAGAAUAAGAAUUCGGCCCUGGCGUAUGAAUCAAGACUUACUUGGUACGUUCAAGAGAAUUCUAAACUUAAGGACACUAUUAGAAAGCUACAUGACAGGACGCCCACUCCGGCUACUCCCGGGACUAGUGCUCCGGCAAAUGGCACACCAGUUGAAACAAAGCCGAACCAGGCUAACACACCUUCCAACAUGGAAAUUCAAUUCGAUAGUUCUGGCAAACCUUCGUGUUCAAUUUGCGUGGAUGGUUCGUGUAUAUGUGAGGAACUUAACGGCUCUGACGCCGCGGAUCAGGCAUCUCGAGCUCAGACUGCUCUUCAUCCACAAUUUCUUAAUCUCAAAUAUUCCUUCCAGGACCCGCUCCUGCAACAAACUUUAGAUAACUGGAAACCAAUGAAACCAGUGACUAUCGAAUCAUCCAAGAAAAGACUCAAUGAAUCGUCAAGGCUACCACAGUUCAAAAGAAUGAAAAGUGAAUCUGUUCCUUUGAAUAUAGAUAGUGAUUUCCCAUCCUUUAGCGUAUCGUCUUCUAAUUCUUCUUCUACUAAUAAUAUCGCUGCAGUAGUCGCUGCAGGUGCCACUACAGGCGCUGCUGGCACUUCUGCCACGAAUAACUCCAAUAUAGAUGAGAACUGUGGAUUCUGUUCAGAAAGUUCCACCUGUCUUUGUAGAGAAGCUCAGGAAGAAGCUAACAGGAAUGCAUGUACACAAGAACCUGGUUCGUGCACAAAUUGUCAAAAUGACGCUACUAGUAAGAAAUUCUGUGAAAAUGUUGUGAACCUGGCAAGAUCUUCCUCAUCCAGCUCUUCAAGCGCCGAAGAAUAUAUCCCAAUUAACGAUGCCUUCCAAAGGAUUAAGAAACACAUGAAAAGUUCAAGCAAUUUCUCUCCUAAUAAUAUAAAAUACGAUGAACUAGCCAUCAAGGGAAGGAAAGUUCAACUUAAGAGUGUGAUGGAUAUAAUUCAGGAUAUGAACAAGAAUUUUAUCUAA